UCGGUGAUCGCACCGAUCGGACGUGCGCGUAUCGACAUAUUGUUUUUUUUUUUUCGGCAUAUUCCCAUGGAAUAUGGAAACGCACAUAUCUUUCGGCGUUCCAAGACAUUCCUACCGCGCCCCACUUUAUCGGUACUCACACACUAUUCAUUAAUUGUCACGUGCGCAUGGUGUUUACUGUUUAUGAAUCGUUGGUUUGUCACUAUCAAACAAACGGUUGUUAAAUACCGAAUUACAAAACCGUUUUCGAUUAUACGGCGGCCGUGAGAAUUAUCGGUUCUGUGGAGAUUAUAAUAUAAUGUGUUUUAUGGUUUACACCCUAUAAAUAUGAACACGUAAUUAUAUAUCGAGUUGGAAUGUUCAAAUAGAUACCACAUUAUAUUUUAGUUCAUUGAUUUAUUUUACAUUAUUCAGAUUAGAGCAAUUUCAUUUAUCUAUCAUGGAACAACCAGAUUUAAAGUAUUUAAAGACGGUUAUACGGAGUAUUUUAACUAGCUCUCCGAGUAAUAUGACAAUUUCUCAAAUGUUAAAUGAAUACCCUAACUAUGAAGGUGUAAAAUUACCAUUUAAGCAUUUGGGGUUCAAGACUGUUUAUGAAUUACUAGAAAAUAUGUCUGAUGUUUUAAGAAUACCGCCGAACCCAAAUAUGAACUCAUUUAUUACACUUAUUGUUGAUCAAAAAACUUCACAUCUCAGAGAACUUGUUGUAAAUCAAAAAACUAAAAGACAACGUCCUAAAAGAAAUACUUCCACCCUAAGAAGUAGUAAUAAUCACGUGCCGAAGUGUUCCAAUUAUAGAUCUCGUUAUAACAAUAAUCAUAGAAAUGAGUAUACCACUCUUACUAGAUCUGAAUUUAAUACUCCUAGAAAUGAAUAUAGCACUCCUAGAAAUGAAUAUAGCACUCCUAGAAAUGAAUAUAGCACUCCUAGAAAUGAAUUUAGCACUCCUAGAAAAGAAUAUAGCACUCCAAGGUCUGAUACCAGUGCUCGUGGAUAUGACCAUGUUAAAAUCAAAUCUUUUAACUCAAAACCUAAAGGUACUGUGACAACAAAUCUCAAGAGUAGUAUAGAAAAUCUAUGCAAUACUUUAGAAAUAGUAAGCAUUAAUACAUUAAAGAAUUAUCUAAUAAAUCAUCCUGAUUAUAAGAAAAUGGGUACAAGUAAUAUUGAAGAAUCUAUAAAUAUGUUAAAAUAUUUUAUCUAUAUUGAUAGAGGAGGAGUACAUCUUAAAGAUUCUCCAUUUGAAAUAUUUCCAUCCAAGACAUCUGAUUUAAGAAAAUACACAAUGCCAACAUCUGCGAGUUUCCUGAAUAGUAUUGUUGAUGAAAACCAGGAAAUGUCAUAUUGUGAGCAAAAUGAUGAUUAUUUUGAUGAAAUGAAUGAUUCAAGUUCUGAAAACCUAUAUGAACCUGAAAAUGAAUACAAAAUAAACCAAAAAUCUAUCAGCACAGCGCAUCAUGGUAACACAAAUUUGCCGAAUGGUAUUUCCCCACAAUAUGCUGAAAGUUGUCAGAAGUUGUGCACUGAUGAUUCAUUGUCAGAACUAGAUGGACCAAAUCAGUCAACAGCUCAGAACUUGGUUAAUAUGUUCAAAACAGGUUUGAAUGAUUCAGUGUCAAAAAAUAAUGACUUAGUUCCAACUAAAAAUAAUGUUAAAAAUAGAUUGAUGUCGCCAACAGUUCAACAGUUCACUACUAAACCUUUUCAUCAUAAAAUUGUGUCCAAAAUAGAAUGUGAAGCAAAUAGAGAUAUGAAAAAUUCUAAAACACAAAAGGAUGAUUAUAAAAGUGCCAUUGUUGCUAUUAUAGCUAGAUCUGAUGAACCAAUUACUGUAAAUAAAGUAUUAGCCAUAUUUAAAAAAGAACGAGGUUAUACUUUUCCAUUUCAAAAAUUUUCAUGUGGAACAUACAUGGAUUUUUUUCGUCUGUAUCCAGAUAUGUUUAGAUUGGAUAAUCAAUGUUCCACCAACAGUAUUGUUAGUUUAGAAAAACAAAUUACGUUGAAACCAAGAAAAACGACUAUUAGAAAAUACUUAACUAAAGCAUCCAUAUUUAACAAUGCUGCAGUUACCAAUUCAAAAAACAAAUUGUUAAAUGACAGUAAGUGUAUAGCUCAACUUUUAUCAGACGAAAGUGAUAAUCAGAAAAAUAAAGAUCCCAUUAUUGAUAUUUCAUGCCAAGCACAUUCUGUAAAGUCAAUAGAGUCAUAUGAAAUGUAUGACUCUGAUACAAUAUUGGACACAAUGAAAGUAAAAAUGCGCCGUAUUUUAACUAAAUAUAAAGAUGGUAUAUUGUGUAAUGAUUUUAUGGAUAUUUAUGGUAAAGAAUAUAACAGUUAUUUUAAUUUUUCUGAAUAUGGAUUUCGAAGCAUGAGAGAUAUGGCAUACAAGUUACCAUCUGUAUUUUAUGUAAAAGUAACUGAUGAUGACCAUGAAUGUAUUCUAUUUGAAGCUGAUAAACGAAGUGAACUAGAAAAUAACGAUCCAUCACUAUAUUAUAAAAAUAUUCCGAAGACUAUAUUGUGUAAUCUUUCAAACUUCUUUAAUAAGUAUCCGUAUGGUGUCAAAUUCAAUGAAUUGAUGUCUUUAUAUUGUUCAGAAUAUGGCCGAGCUUAUGAACCAUUAAAGUAUGGAUAUUCUUCUGAAAAACACAUGUUCGAAUGUUUAGAUAAAAUGGUUGAAAUAGAAAAUAAUGAGCUGUUUACUGUAGAUGCUUUUGCCUAUACAACAUGGUUGAAAAAUAAAGAUCCUAUAGAUAACUAUGCUAACAAUUCAGUUGUAUUGCCGGAUCAUGAUUUUCUAUUGCAUUACUCUGGCAAGGAUAUCUGCAAUGGAAGAUUUAAGUAUUCUAAAGUUAAGUUGCCCGAUGAAAAAUGUAUAAAAGUCAUAGUUGCUGAAAUUUACAACCCAAGUUCAUUUUACAUUCAAUUAUCAGCAGAAGUCAAUAACCUGAAUAGUUUCAUGGAUAGAUUGCAAGUUUAUUACAAUGAAAAUGAAGAAAAGUACAAAGUUAUACCAAAACUAAUUCUUCCAGAAUUAGCAUGUACUUCAUGUUUUGAAGAUUCCAAUCUGUGGCACAGGGCUAUAGUAUUAAAAAUAAUUGAUGAAGAAAAUGUGAAAUUAUUAUAUGUUGAUUACGGAUCAAUUGAAAUAGUACCAAAAACAAAUGUAAGACUUUUAGCAUCACAAUUUGGGGCAUAUCCUACUCAAGCAGUGCAUUGUGGUUUGUACAAUUUUAAUGAAUUAAAUUAUCCACGAGAAAUAAGUGAAUCUUUUGCUGAAAACACUGAGAACCAUGUGUUAGAAGCACGGUUUCAUCCACCAACAUCUGAAGAUGAUUCUCAAAAAAUGAUUGUAACAUUAUUUUUGAAUACUAUACACGAAAGAAUUAAUAUAAACAACAAAUGUUCUAAAGAAAUGAUAAAUCAAUUAAAUAAAAAUCAAGAAUCCGUUAGGAGGAUGAUUUAUAGAUUAAUGCAAGAAUAAGAAAAGUAAAGCAACACGAAAACAGAAUGUUCUUUGUUUACUAAAUAUUUAAUUUAAUUUAGUUUAAUUGUUUGAAAUAUAGUUAUACUAUAUUAUUUCAUGUAUAUUUGCAUUAUUUGAAGUAUGUAAUUAAUUACUAACAUAUUUAAAAAUGAAAAGUUUGCUCAUUAUUAUAUAGAAUUGAUUUGUUGAAAGUGUUUUAUAUAUGUAUCUAUUUAUACAUAUCAUAUAAAUAGUUACGUAUUUUAACUGAUUUUGUUAGUUACUACAUUUUUUGACUUGAUAAUAAAAAUUGAUUUAAUAUUAUUUUUGUAUUUAUUUUUAUUUGUGAAUGGUAAAUUUGUAGUUGGAAAAUUGUAUUAGGGUAUAUGAUUUUUUGAGUUAUGCCGUCUUGUCAAGUGAAUUCCAAAAAUAAAAAGACAUGAAGUAUGUAACUAAUCAUUUUAUUGUUAUUAGUUGUAUGAAAAAUAAAACAAAAGAUAAUGUUAAAUAUUAUUA